AGGAAGGAAACCAGUUAUUGAGACUAAUCGCUCAUCAUCAUCACAAAACUGUACUCUACAAAGACGUGCGCGCGCAUAUUGUUGCACACGACGUGCAUUAUGAGCCUUCAGAAAGUGAUCAGGUAUGGUGUUGACAUUUUCAUUCUUGCUUCUAUUCUUGUUAUUCUUGAUAUAGAUUGGUUUGUUUGUAGUGCUGUGUCUCCAUGCGCUGUCCUGUCCGAAAUCAGCGGCUCAGCCGCCAUUUUUGUUUUCUUUGUUUUUGUUUCCUGAACAUAAUCAACAUAAGAAAAUAUGGAGAAAGGUGCAGCCAGGUUGAGAUAACACAAACACGUUUACUGAAGACCACAAUAAGGUGGUCGAAAGCUCGUAAAAUAAAUAAUAAUCAGUCAGAGAAUGUGUUUACCAAAUUUACAAAUUUAUGAUAAUCAAAAUUGCAAUUGUGUCCUCUACAUGCUGACGUGAAGUCGCAUUUGCUUGACAAUGCAUAGGAAGAAAGUUAGUGUAGCUUUAGAGUCUAAAACAAAGUUUAAUAUGCGUAGUUUAAUAUACAUAGUUUACAUACUAUAAUAACUUCCAGGCAUAUAGGACUGUAUGUCGUAAUGCACUGUAGACUAUGGAUAAAUUAUGUUAGAAUUUUCUAAAUUUAACAGGAGUGUGGUACAAUGAAAGUUUCGGGUUAUGUGAAAGGCCGAGCUCUGUCAGCAAACCAGCUUGUUCAUAUCCCUGGAUUUGGUAAUUUCCAGAUGAGUCAGGUAAUGUCUCAAUCAAUUCCAUGGGUGCCCAACACCCCCCCCCCCCCGGGCGUUUGUCGGGCUUUUGUCAUUUUGGCGAAAAAACGUUGCAAAUGCCCCAGUAUGGGGUCCAAAUAAUGCAACAAAAUCCACACCCUUGGGGACUUACAUUGACGCAAAUGCCCCACCCUUGGGGGACAAAAUAUAAGUUUUCUGAGGAUUUCUGAUCCAAAAAAUCGAAUCCAAGCUCUAUCACGUAUCAAUAUAUCUGUAUUUGAAAUCGAUUCUAUAGCCAUUUCGUUUCAAAACGUUUUUAAUUAAAAUAUUGAAGUCUCAAAACUUUAUAUAGCAAUAUCAAACUGCAGAAGUAAGUCAAUGUAUCAACAGGAUGGACAAGAAAAAAGUCUUGUGUAUGUCCGCCAUGAUUAAUUUGCGAUACGCACGCUCGUGUAAACAUGCGUACUAAAGUACGGCUAAAUGGCGAAACAAGCGAUAAAUAUUCGACUUUUUAGCCUCCAGCAAAUUCCCCACCCCGGGGCUAACCUGCAGAAAGCAAAUGCCCGACCCUGGGAACAAGUACAGUUGAGAAUUCCCGACAAACGCCCGGGGGGGAGGGGAUGGGCAACCAUGGAAUUGAUUGAGACAUAACGUGCACUGCGUACAGAUAAAGUGUAAACAAUGUAAAACGGUUGUAAAAGAAGUCUUUUAAAAAAUAACUUAAGAUUGGUAUUGUUGAUAUACAUUAAAGGACAUUUAUUCAGGGCGCGACUUACGGAGGUACCGAGGUACGCCAAUGUUACUGUUUGGUCGUAUACAUGCAUGUGUGCGCGGUAUAAAAGGACCAGAAGGACCAGGUGGACCCUUGGACAAGGAAAUGUCUGUCUCUUACUAUCUGCGUAUAUACUGUACUUAUACAUUUGCUUUGCCAUAUAUGACCAGCAAACUUUCCAAGAUUACAGUAAGUACAACCUUUGCCAAAAGUUCGUAGAACAACUAAACAAAUUCGCAACUUUUUAAUAUAGCCUACUUGGGUUUUAAAAUUAUAUUGUAUACCUCCCCACAGUCAUUGUUGCUUUCCCACAUUUCUACAUGUAACUUUUGCCUAUACAAUAUGUUAAACCAUAAAUAUAGACGAAACGUCAACAUUGAAUGGGAGGGAGGGGGGAGGCCUUGAAAAUGCACAAAAAUGUAUCAUCGUUCUACGGUUUAUGGCCAAGAUUGUAGCUAUACUGUAUGUACAGUAUGUGCGAAUUUGACAUGUCUGCGCAUGGAACAUAAUUGCAUGGUCAAGAGGGCACUAUAGGGAACAUUAGAGUCAAUUGCAUGUGCUUGUAUUAUAUGCAGUUGUAUUCAUUCUUGUUCUAUCUCGUAGUUUCCGGUUACUGAAGGAGAAAACUGUGAUUUGUGUUAAGUACGCAUAUAUAUACGCGGCAAUAAUCAUUGGCGUAAAAAUCUUAUCGCCCAGUACGUUUAUAAAAUGUACGGUUUAAUUUCACUAUAUGUUCAAUUCGAUGUCAGUGAUGGAUUGUAUGAUUAUUAUAAUUUUUGCAGAUAGAUUCGUGUCGUGAUCCUAGCCCUGGAAAGAAAUUCAGGAGGAAAGAGCCUUCCAUGAAGAUUGUAGGUAUUUUCGUAUUGCAUCGUGAAACAUAGAUUUAUUCCCCUAUUUCUUUGUACCACGUAUGCGCGAAUGAUAUGACGAGAAAGGCCGAGAAACAGGGACCUGCAUGCAUACUGUACAUCGGACACGGUAUAAAAUGAAAUAAUUCGUUUAGUUUUUCAUUUCAAAUGUAUUCAUCUUUACUUUAAUUUUCCGUUUAGUCAUCGUAUUCGUUUUUGUUCAGCUGUGAACAAAAAAUUUAUUCGAAAUUGUAUUUUGUUGGGUCGUUUCACAAUUGUGUAUGGGUUGGGUGGUUAUAUAGCCGGAUAUUCAGAGGCCUGUGAUUCUUAUGCAACAUUUUAUAUCAUUACACAAACGAGCAACAAAUCCACAAAUGUUAGACGAGAAAUUUCAAUAUAAUUUUCAUGGUCUGGAAAGCUAAAUAAAAUGUCUUCUUUCCCUAAAAUCAAAAACAUAUAGCUAACAUCAUAUUGGUUAAACGCAUAAAUCCCCAUUUGCACAUAAUAUUAAUACUAUAACGGCCGGUCAACGGACAAUGACCGGCCAAAAAUGCCUCUUGACCGGUCACUUUUUACCUCACCGGUCAUUUUGACCGGCAACAUUUUCAUCUUGAAUUAAAACGUGAAACUAUGAUCUAUCGAAACAAAUUUCUAAUAGUUUGUUUCACUGUUAGUGUAAACGUAUCAAUGACCGGUCAAAAACAGAUUUUGACCGAGCUAAAAUCAAUUAAGUGACCGGUCAUUUUGACCGGAGACCUAUCUCGCGUUAUUUUGAGCCCUGGUAAUGAUACAUAGAAUUUCAAUAUAGCGCUAAACCUACAGUGCUCUAAAGCUCUUUACAUUCAUAUCGCAUUAAAAAAUAUGGCCCAAACCUAAUUUACUUGUAUAAGAAAGUUUAAAAAAGUGCGUUUUUAAAUGUCUUUUAAAAGUGCUAAAGCAAGUCUCAAGCUGUCUGGUAAAUUACAAGAAGGGUACCAAUCAUUGUAAUAUAUACUCAAAAUAUUACCCCUAGCGGUUAUCAUUUUUGCGCAACGUAUGUUUUUAGGAUGAUGACGUCAUUGAGAUGGAAGAGGACACUAAAAUUCUUCAAAAGGCUGAUCCUGCAUUUCAAGAAACCUUAGUGUGCGAAGUCGUCCCAGAUCCAAUGGAAGGAGAGCAAACAUGGCCGACAGAUGAAGAGAUAAAGGAAGCCGGUACAGUAUAGUUUUCAUUAUUAAUCGCAAUAAUCUCAUGCAAUAGACCUUUAUAAAAAGGUUGACGUCAGCAGGUUUGUGACGUAGUUUGCGGAGGAAAUCCCGAAAGCUAAGAGUUGUUUAGUCUUUGACUGCGUCUGCUAAACAAGCGAGAGAGUUUUUCUACCGAAUAGACCUUCUUCACGUAUUUUGAGUCAAUUUAAAAUUUGAUUGUAGCACUCUCUAAAUACCAAAAAUGGCCAGGGCAGUUCAAAAUAAGUAAGUACACCAAAUUUGGAGAGUACAUUUUAAAAACUGUGUCAUUUAAUUGAAAUAUUGAAAACUAAUAUACCUCGUUUGACGUAAUUUCGUGGUAUAUUGAAAAACAAAAGCAGGAAAAUACAAAUGGCUUACUCAAAGGAAAGGUUCACCGACCUUUUUUGUGUAUUCCGACAAAUAAAUAAUAAACAAUUUAUGAAUUUGGUUCUCGCAGGCUAUGAGGAAUUAUUAAGACCUCGGUUUCUGUUAUCUCUGCCUUUAUAAUUCCUCAUAUCCUACUCGAUCUCAUUCAAUAAUUGUUUAUUAUUAUAUGGCAAGCAUCACUUCCGGUGAAAUGACGGGUUGUGAUUGGCUAAGAAGCACUUUCAGCCGUCCGUUAUUUUCCCUUACGUAAAAACAAACGCAUGCAUUUUGAAACAAAACGGCAAAACUAAUUUCAAAUUAUAAUUUAAUUUGUUAUUAAUAAGAUAUCUGUGAAUUGUUUUUAGUGGAAAAGAAGGAAUUUGUUUUCUUCCACCAAAUGUGUACAUGCUACUAAUAUGCAUUUCAAAUCAUGCAUUUCUUGUUUGUUUUGGGUAUAAAUGCCUAUAAAUGCCAUAUAAUAAACUUUUUAUUAACCUCGCUUGCUCAGUAUGUACAAAGAAAUAUCGGACCUCCGUCUUUUUGUACAAACCUCGCCUUAGUAUACGGGCUCGGUCUGUACAAAAAAGACCUCGGUCCGAUAUUUCUCUGUGCAGACCUCGCGUUCGGUUAAUAAGAAGUUAAUAUAGGGAGAUUUUUUGUGGUAAUUAUGACAUUCACAACCAUCUUCGUAACGCUUACUAAAAACAGCAAUAGAGGCACAUAUAGCUGGUCGGUAAUGCAAAUCCUAUAUUUUACACUUAUUUGACAGUUAAUUUACAAACUUCAAUAUUUUGCAUUUAGAACUGACUCGAAGCAAUCGAAUUGUAAAGAAAGUCCCUAAAGGCACGUCUGAGUAUCAGUCAUCAUGGAUAUUGGAGGAUGAUGAAGAUCAUGGCGAGAAUGAUAACGGUUCAGAUGAGGACAGCACGGGUGAAAUUAUGGAAGAUGAAAUGAUAGCGGAGAUGAAAGACGAUAGCACUGAGGAAACCGUAUGUAUCCAUGUAUGUUAUCCACAAGACCACAACACGCAUGUAAAUAUGCAAAUUCUUGAUGUCGAAUAUGCACUGUGCGUUGUAUUUAUCGACAAACCAUGCCAAUCGUGAUUCGCACAGUACAACAGCUCUGGUCAUUAAUCACCUAUCCAUAUAUAGUACACAGUAAUUUUAACUGUGCCUUUCCCUAGAAAGAACUCUAAAAAUAUGCGGAAACAAAUUGACUGACAAUAUUUUAAACACCAGACCUAGAACUACAGUGCUGUGCCUUAGAGCAUGCACAACACAACGAGUGCACGCGCGAAGACAUACUAGUUUUGAAUAAGUAUCACAAGUGUAUGAUCCCAAACAAACUAACAGAAUAUCAAACUCACGCAGCAAAUAUAAAGCAAUGCCUAUAACUUCGUUUGGGCACAGCAAUCUACUAAUUAUUACUUGGUCAUAUAGCAGGGCCAGAAAUAGCGGAAUGUCAAUGGCCAAAGGCAUGCAGGUCAUAUAUUUCAGAAAUGGCAGGCGAAAAAUAAGUCAAUUUCGCCUGCCAAGUUAAAAAUAGAAUGGCAGGCGAAAUUGUAAAAAAACAACGGCGUCCAAUGGUCGAGGAUACAAUGGAUUUGCAGUUUGCCAUACCGUCAUGCUUGAGUGAGACCAUUGUGGCAGUCCAAUUAACGGCAGUCGCUAUCCCCCUUCCCCCUUGUGUAUCCUGUACACAAGGAUCUGCUUCUAAUAGAACAUUUUGUUCCUUAGGAUGGCGAGCGGGAAGAGAGAGAGGAAAUAGAGUUGGAGGAAUACGAAACGGUUUGUGCAGUUUUCUAAUUUCUCUAAUUUUAUUUUUACUGCUAACCAUUGGUUAUAUCACCGGUAUGAUCAGUAUAUAUACAGUAGAUGACCAGUUAUAUGAUGCUGGUUAUACUUGAUGCUGUUGAAGACUUGUAAUUGGACUAUUUUAUCUAUCGGGAUGCCCGUGACAACUGUACUAUGAGACGUUCAUUUGAGCACUACAUGUGCUCCCUUGGUAAUUAGCGAAUUUAUUUGAAAGCAUAAACUUGUUAUUGUUACCCUGUAUGAAAUACCAUGUUUAUUACUUUUACCUUUGUCUCUAUGAGUGCUCCAACACGUCCCUUUAAUUUCAUUAACUUUGUAAACAGAAAAAUCGCUAGGAAACGAACGGUCUGUACCAGUGUACAGGGGUAUAGUGCCAAUAAUAAGAAAGUAAUAUACAACUACCUGAAAAAUAUAAGGAGAACUUUGAAGUUACCUCUUUAUUUUUCAGGUAGUACUAGUUGUAUCCCUAUCAAUCCACAGCUUUCUCUGAAAUCUACUCUACAUAAUCUACAUUCUACAAUACUGUUUACGGUACUACUUUGCUUUUCACGUUUUACAUCAAACCCCAUUUUGAUCGGAAUCUAUUAUCUUUAUUGUUUAACAUAGAUCAGUGUGGCGACGGAUACGCAAGAUAGUAGAUAUGAUGAAAAGUACCCAGAUGAUGAUCGUGCAGAGUAAGACGUUUUUGUCCAGAACGGACAUAAUUCAUAAGUUAUAGUUUAUAUUUGUUAAUAAUAAGUUAAAGAUCACGUGCGAACUGACUUCCGGUUUAAUUCCGGGAAAAACACUUGACAGUGAACUUGUAAACAAGGUGAUCGAGAGCGAAUUUAGAGGGUUCUUACAAAUAAAACAUUAAAAUACAAACGUGACGUACUUGUGUUGGGUUAAACAAUCCCUGACAAUUGGCACCCCUGAUGGGACGAGAAUAACUGGAUAUUUUAGCGAUUAUCAUGGAUGAAAAACUACACAAAUUAUCGAAGACGAUCGAUACGAAAAUACAACUACUGUAAUUUACAAACGAAGCGACGGCGAAUAUAUUGGGAAAACGAAAUUUUACGGCAAUCGAAAGGCAGCGAAUGACAUUGGAAAGCUUGUUUUUGAUUUUCUGCCAACGCCUUUUCGUGUUCUAAUCGACGUUCAAAUUUCUCUUUUUCGAACUUUAAUUCGUCUUCAAACUGUUUACGUUUAGCUUGUAUUACUAACUUUUCUUUGCCUUUUAGUUUAGUUCGUCGCAUUUGAUCUCCUUUUCCGAAUGUUUUAGCUCCGAAAUAGCGUUCUCAAAUUCCACGAGCUUGCCUUCGAUAGUUGAGCUCCAAUCCCGUAUUCCGUCUGUUUCGUCGCCUUUUUCGAGUUUUAAUUCUUGACUUCUUCGAUCUUAAUCAACAACAACAAAACUGCCCAAGCUUGUUAUAACCAAAUUCAAUGGACAACAUACGGACUGGCUAAGAUUUUGGGGACAGUUCAAGGCAGAAAUCGACAACUCGGACGCAUCUAAAAUAACAAAGUUUUCUUAUUUAAAAGAGCUCAUCGAACCGAAAGUUCGUUCUUGUAUUGAUGGUUUGCCGUUUACAUCGGAGGGAUAUGAGCGAGCGAAGAACAUUUUGAAGAUAAAACAUGACAAGAAUAGUGAAGUAAUCAACAUCCUCAGUUUACCAACUAUCCCAGGAACUAAACCAGCUAAAAUCCAUGCGUUUUAUGAAACCCUAUUAACAAGUGUACAGUCACUCGAAACACUUGGUGAAUUAAAGGAAGUGUCUGGUUAUGUAAGGAUGACAAUCGACAACUUGAAGGAAUUCGAAAUGAUAUUACGAACAGAUGAUGAUUGGCAAGAAUGGAAAUUUCCAGAGUUAAUCGAAGCUCUGAGGAAAUGGACGGUGAGAAACCCGGUUAAACGAGGUUUAGAGGAUAGUAAUUCUAAUAAGCACAAUCAUGAUAGAUUAAAGAACUUUCAAGCCAGACAACAAGAAUCGAAGACAAGGGGGUGUGUUUAUUGUGAGGAAGCGGACCAUCGAUCGACAGAAUGUAUGAAAGGUGGUCACUGUAGCCGAUCGGAGAAAGAUCCUAGGAGACAAACAGCGAUGCUUCAAUUGCACAGGUCAACGACACAAAGCCGCAGAUUGCCGAAGCCGGCAAGUAUGUAAGCAUUGCAAGAGAAGACACCACUCCUCCAUCUGUGACAAGAAAACAAGCGACCAAGGCAAAGUUGCAAAGGACGGGGAGCAAAUCCUGGUAGCGAAGGGGGAGAACCAAGUAAUAUAUCCGGUGGUCAAGGUUGAUGGAAUUACUUGUCGGGCGCUUUUGGAUACGGGCGCAGGGAGCUCAUAUGCAUCAGGGGCUCCUUUGGAUAGACUUAAGAAACGACCAGUGCGGAGGGAAUAUAAAAGGAUCGAAAUGAUGAUGCAAUCUACCAGUAGAAUGAUUAAGGUACACCAAGUGACAAUCAGUGACUAGGACGAGAAGUUUAAGCUCCAAACGGAAGUAACCAAAGUUGACCGAAGUAACCUACUCGGUGUUGAGAAUCCCAGAUACAAGCAAAUAGUAAACCACUUCAACCAUCUUAAGGGAGUCACAAUGGCAGAUGUUGACGAGAAAUCUCAACUCCCAAUCCACUUGAUACUCGGCGCAAGUGAAUAUGCAAAGGUCAAAAUUGCAACGAAGCCUCGAGUUGGUCAACCUGGUGAACCGGUAGCAGAUAGUACCAAAUUUGGUUGGACCUUGUUGUCACCUGGAACCGAGGACGAUCUAACCAAAACAUUGUUGGCAAAAUCAUCAGUGGAAGAUUGCCGGAAACUAUGCGACUUAGAUGUACUUGGCUUAGAAAACCAAUUGGAUGGAGACGAAACAGUCUACCAAGAUUUCAAAGAUCAGCUGACCCAGAGCCUGGAAGGAUGGUACGAGACAGGGUUGUUAUGGAAACCAAACGUGGACAGUGUACCAAGUAACAAAGCAGGAAAUUUAGCGAGAUUGGACAAACUGCUUCAGAAGCUUGACAAGAAACCUGGACUUUUCCAACGGUAUCGUGAGAUAAUUAAGGAACAGGAAGAGCAGGGGAUUAUUGAGAAAGUGACACAACAACCACAAGGAAGAGAAUUCUAUCUGCCACACAAACCGGUGGUAAGGGAGUCUGCUGAGAGUACAAAGGUGCGCAUAGUCUACGAUGCAUCAGUGAGAGCCAAUGACGACCCGUUAUCUCUGAAUGAUUGCUUAGAGACGGGGCCGGCAUUACAAAAUCUCUUGUGGAAUAUUCUCGUACGUAAUCGAUUCAUGCCAGUGGCACUCGCAGCAGAUUUGAAACAAGUAUUUUUGCAGAGAAGGAUCAAGGAGAAAGAUUGUGACGCGCUACGAUUUCACUGGAUCAACGAAGAAAACCCAAAAGAGAUCGAAGUCUAUCGAUUUACACGUUCCUUAUUCGGACUGAAUCAAUCACCAUUUCCAUUAGAAGGAACACUCAAGCAGCAUCUUAGCAGCCAAAAAAAGGAAUUCCUUACUGAAGUAACUGAAAUAAGCGAUGGUCUGUACGUCGAUGAUCUGCUGACCGGAGGCUGCGUGGUUGAAGAAGUAAAACAUCUGAAGGAAACAGCAAUAGAGAUCUUUGACCGAGCACAAUUCAAGCUUCAUAAAUGGCACUCAAAGAUGGAAGAGUUGGAAACAAGUGAUCCAGGCAGUAGUGGCACCGAUAAUGAUCAGAGUUACGCCAAACAGCAACUGGGUGUGAAGAGCCAAGAAACGAAGCUCUUGGGAGUACCUUGGAAACAAGACCAAAGACAAGAUCGGAGUUGCAUUUCCUUGCACUCGUAAAGAAGUCGCCACCAAACGAAUAGUGUUAAGUGAGAUCGCGUCAAUAUUUGAUCCGCUAGGGUUAGUUUCGCCAGUCAGCGUGUUGGGGAAGAUGAUCUACCGAGAUAUUUGUGACAAGGAACUGCCGUCUAAUCUGAUGAGUUGCUGGAAUAAAUGGUGUAGGAAGUUACCCAGUAAGAUUGAUGUCCCGAGAAGCCUGGUUCCACACAGAGAAGAGGUACAAGCCAUUAACCAACAUGCAUUUGGGAAUGCGAGUGGACAGGGUACAUGUGCAGCUGUAUACGCAGUAAUACACCAGAAUUAAGGCAUAGCGCAUGGCCUCGUCACGGCCAAAUCACGGGUGGCGAAGAAAGGUUUAACGAUCCAGAGAUUAGAGUUGGUGUCGGGUCAGAUGGCAAUGAAGCUGAUGGAUAACGUAAGUUCGAUGCUCGAUGUAUUACCAGUAAGACACUACUACGGAUGGCUCGACAAUAUGGUCGCUUUAUAUUGGAUUAAUGGUCGUGGGAAUUACAAAAAAAUUUGUCGCAAAUCGAGUGAACGCUUACAGCAUUUAUAUCCCCUGGAAUUACACAGAGAGAGGAGCCAAGACAAGCGACCUGAACUUGAUCCAGAAGCAGCAGAGUUUAGACCGAGACGGCGAGCAGCGGAGGUAGCAAGACAAGGAAUACAAGCAGUUCCACACUUUGAGGACUCGUAAGAGCAAACAUUGACAUUUGUCACAGCCGUGACAAAUGGGGGGAGAGUGUCGAAAACGGACAUAAUUCAUAAGUUAUAGUUUAUAUUUGUUAAUAAGUUAAAGAUCACGUGCGAACUGACUUCCGGUUUAAUUCCAGGAAAAACACUUGACAGUGAACUUGUAAACAAGGUGAUCGAGAGCGAAUAUAGCGAGAGAUUUAGCGAGAGAUUUAGGGGGGGUUUUCCUACAAACAAAACAUUAAAAUAUAAACGUGACUUACUUGUGUUGGGUUAACAAUCCCGACAUUUUUGUUUCUGCCUCAUUGUAAGGAUAACAACGCAUAAAGUGGCGCGGUAGUAAAGUCGUUGAAUCAUUCCAUCUAGUUAAGGCCUGUCCAUACGCGGGCUACUCACCUUCUGCAUUCAUGUGACCGUUCUUAUCCCACCUGACUGGGACGAAAUUGCAAAAUAAUAAACAACCUAACUCGAAACUAUUUUCUCGUUGACAGUCGUGGUGGCAGUGAUUGUAUAGUACAGUAUGUGGUAUUACGUCUGAGAUGGUAUUUGUCUAAGGUUUUUACCAGCAAGACAGCAGCAAGAAUUUUUGGGGGUUAUCCAAACAAGCACGGUCAGUCAGAAGCUACACUGACUGAGCUCGGUUGGAGAACACUUAACGAACGGCAGACUAGUAUCCAUAGCCAGGAUCGUGUAUAAGAUUCAUAGUUUUGCUCCUGCGAUGCUUACUACUUACGAAUUUCUGACAUGAAGCUUCUUCCUUUCUCUAAAUCGAAAUAAUGUAAAAAAGUGUAUAGGUUACAGAGGUGCCAAAUUGUGGAACAAUUAUAACCAGUUGAACUAAAAACGCUGAAAGCUUAGCUAGAUUCAGUUCGCUUUUACGUGCAACUAGCCUGAUAUGAUUUCAUUUGUAGUACACUUAGUUAUGUAAUUUUAAAUUUAUAUCCUUAAUAGGCUUAGCUUUUAAGGAAUAACGAAUCUCACUCACGCAGGUGACAUUCGGAAUCCCACUUAGCCAGCUACGGUGUACGAGGUCCCUACGGGGAUUAGUGUGUCUUAUCAAAUAGAAGUAGGUGUGACCCCCAUGAAUUACUGAAAAUCCCCCUCCUUCCCCAUAACCUUAUUACAGCUAACAUGAAAGGAAAAUAUUUUAGGAAAGAAUAAUGUAAACAGGCUAUUUAGCAAAUAUUUAUCCAGUAUUAGAUGCAGAAAUAGGACUAGGACAGGGUGAAACAUACAGUAGCUUUACAUUGCGAUAAAAUAAUAUAUUUCUGAUUUAUUUAUGGCGUCGUUUUGAAGACGUACUGUAUUAUAUUAUUCUUAAAUUUGUAAUAAACUUCAUUUCUGCCUAGAAUUUUUUAAAUCUGUAUCUGCUUUAUGUAGAUUAGAGAAAGAGCGAGCGGAACGUGAAAAUGAGAUGUUCCCGGAUGAAAUCGACACUCCGUUUGAUGUACCUGCUCGUGUGCGAUUUCAAAAGUAAGAAUCUGUAGUUGACAUAUUACUUGUAUUCUGAUGUAGAGGAUAAGGUUGUUAAGCAAAACAUCUACCAUAUGCUUGUUGUUUUAGAUAUAGAGGACUAAAGAGUUUCAGAACCUCUCCAUGGGAUCCAAAAGAAAAUUUACCGUCGGAUUAUGCCAGGUACGAAACUGAAGAGUUCUUAUAAUCAGUAGAAAAUUUCAUUUUUUUAAUUAACAGAAAGAGCUUUUGAGAAAUGUAUGAUUAAACUAUCUGUAUUUGAAAUGUGCAUCAUCUACCACUAAAAUGUAAUAUUUUGAAUUCAAGAGGUUCAUCUAUAGAGAACGUAGUUUAGCAAAUACACUACAGCAUACUUACUAAACGAACUUACUGUACAGGGAGCUUAUUCCAUGCCAAAUAUUUAUAUAUUUUCUACUUCACUUACGUUGUAUAUAUGUGUACAACGUGGCAUCUUCUGACGUUUCGCCCCGGAUUCGGGUUUUGCUUGUUAUGCUAUGUUGCUCGUCAUGGUUACCCUAAAAUAUAAACUCAUAUGCAGGUCCUAGACUACUAUUCGAUUGCCUAGUAAGGUUUACGAUUUUAUCUCUGGUAACCUCUCCCCUCCAUUUUUAUCUUCAAACCUCAUUGGUAGAGUAUCCAUGUUUUAAGGAUUUUUCAGUUUGAAAACUUUGAUCGAACUAAAAGACGAGUCUUAAAAGCUGUGGAAGACGAAGUAGCUUUGGUAUGUAUUAUGUAUUUAUGCAUGCAU